AUGAAAUAAUCAAAUGAAAAACAAAAUAAUUCAUUUAAUUGUGUGCCUCCACUCAAAAGGCAUCUUUAUUCAAUUGAAAAUUUCAUAAAACUAUUUUAUAUUGUAUUAGUGUCCUUUUAAUUUCAUGCCUGUUAUAUUGGAAUGAUAAGCUCAAUUUUAGGAAUGAUCAGGCGAAAAUCCUUUAAUACUGAUUUUACAAUGAAUUUAUUGUAUUUAUUGAAUAUUAGUUUUUUUAAAUGCACCAAUAAUUACAUGUAUCACCUACCCAUUUUAAUCCAUUAUGUUAUUGGAAUUGCAGAAUAUAUCAAUUUAAGAUAAGGAUCCAUGUAUGAAAGUAAACAAUAUUAUAUGUUAUAGCUUGCAAGAAUUUCGUUAUUACAAUAUAAUAAACUAAAGGAUUCUUUUUAGAUUUUAGAUGCAAAUAUGAAUUUAUGCUUGUUCCUUUAAGCGUUUUGAUGGUGAUAGUGAGUAAUUCUUCAUGGUGGUUAGUAAUUNUUAUUGCCAUUUUGGGUAUGGAUGAAUUGUCUGAAGAUGAUAAACUUACUGUUGCUAGAGCUAGAAAAGUUUAAAGAUUCCUUUCUUAACCAUUCUUUAUGUCUGAAGUCUUUUCAGGAAGAAAGGGUAAAUUCGUUUCACUUAAUGACACUAUUGCUGGAUUCAGAGGUAUUCAUAUCAUUCUAAUAUAGCUCUACUCGACGGUGAAGGUGAUGAAUAUCCUGAAAAUGCAUUCUAUAUGUAAGGUACAUUUGAGGAUGUCAUUGAAGAAGCUAAAAGAGUUGCUGCCGAAACAACAAAAUGAAAUAUAAUUUAAUAACAU